UCAACAAUCGAUCCCAUUGGACGAAUGUUUGCACGUGAUUUUCGGUACAUUUAACAUAUAAACGAAAUAGGUGUGUUACUGUCAGCUGACUUUAUAGUACUUGAUCAUUUAUCAUUGAUUUUAUUAUAUUAUUCUUAUUUUUAUUCUCCAAAUAUUUUCUAAUUUAUUUUAACAACAAUGACACUUCAUUCAGCUGGUAAGGGUAAACUUCUAGCAGUGAUAGGAGAUGAGGAUACUUGUGUAGGAUUCUUACUGGGUGGUGUUGGUGAAAUUAAUAAACAUCGUCAACCUAAUUUUAUGGUUGUCGAUAAAAAUACACCGGAGAGCGAAAUAGAGGAUACUUUUAAGCGUUUUAUUAAAAGAGACGACAUUGACAUUAUUCUCAUUAAUCAAAAUGUUGCUGAAAUGAUUAGACAUGUUAUCGACAGUCAUACUCAGCCUAUACCUUCUGUAUUAGAAAUUCCUAGUAAAGAUCAUCCGUACGAUGCUAGUAAAGAUUCUAUUCUAAGACGUGCUAAGGGAAUGUUCAAUCCAGAAGAUAUACAUUAGAACUAUAUCACGUUUAAAUAAAAAACAAAAGAUAUAAAUCAAUUAAAUAUUCGAAUUGUGUAUAAUAUGAGAAUUCUACAAAUGUUAUCAUCAUUUCUCUUUUAAAAAUAAGAAUGGAAAUGUAUAUAUACAGCAUUCCACGAUUUAUGUUGUAUUUAGAAGAAAAAAUUAUAAUAGUAUAUUGAAAUCUAACCAAUCAUAUUUAUUUCUAAAUACUGGAGCUUUAAAAAGUAAUUAUGUUCUAUAGAAAAUAUUAAUUCACAUUUAAUUAUCAUGUUAUGAAUCAAAUAAAAAAGGUAUAUUAUUA